CUGUAAAGUUUCGAGAAAGCCUUCUCCAGGAUGUUGCACCUGAAUUGUGUGGGAGCCCAAAUGCGAGAGUGCCUCUGGAUCUCGCAGAUUCUUGGCAGCAUUUCAGAGAGGAGAGCAGGGGUGUCGGCUUGGCCCAAGCUGGGCACUGGCACGAAACCGGAGGCAGUGCGUCAUCUUGCUGGAGGGACUACAUUUCCCAGAGGCCCCGGCGGGCGCAGGGUCGCCGUUCGCUCGCCUGCGGGACCCUCGGCCUCCAGGGAAGAAGUGCAAGGGAAGCAGCCCCAGAGAGGACUGAUCACCUGCUGCCCUACAGGAAACUAUGGCUCAGGCAUCAGUGGUAUUCAGUGAUGUGUCACUAGACCUCUCCCAGGAGGAGUGGGAAUGCCUGGACCCUGUGCAGAGAGCCCUGUACAGAGAUGUGAUGUUGGAGAACUAUAGCAACCUGGUCUCCGUGGGAUUUUGCAUUCCUAAGCCUCAAGUGAUCUCCUUACUGGAACAAGGAAAAGAGCCCUGGAUGCUCGGCAGGGAACUGACAAGAGGCCUGUGUUCAGAUCUGGAAUCAAUGUGUGAAAACAAGUUACUGUCUCUAAAGAAGGAAGUUUAUGAAAUUGAAUCAUGCCAGAGGGAAAUAAUGGGACUUACGAAGCAAGGCUUUGAGUACUCCAGUUUUCGGGAUGUUUUGGACUAUGGAAACCACUUUGAAAGACAGCUGGGAUAUCCAAACGUGCAUUUCAGCCAAGAGAUAUUCACACAUGAGUACAUGCCCACAUAUAUUCCACAUACAUUGUUCACUCUACGUCAAAUAAUGAAUAAUGAAGAGAAGCCUUAUGAAUGUAAGAAGUGUGGGAAGGUCUUUAGUCAGAAUUCACAGCUUAUUCAACAUCAGAGACUGCAUAUUGGUGAAAAAUCUUAUGAAUGUAAGGAGUGUGGGAAAUUCUUUAGUUGUGGCUCACAUGUUACUCGACAUCAAAAAAUCCACACUGGUGAAAAACCCUUUGAAUGUAAGGAGUGUGGGAAGGCUUUCAGUUGUAGCUCAUACCUUUCUCAACAUCAGAGAAUUCACACUGGUAAGAAACCUUAUGAAUGUAAGGAGUGUGGGAAGGCCUUUAGUUACUGCUCAAAUCUUAUUGACCACCAGAGAAUUCACACUGGUGAAAAACCUUACAAAUGUAAAGUCUGUGGGAAGGCCUUCACUAAGAGCUCACAGCUGUUUCAACAUGUGAGAAUUCAUACAGGUGAGAAGCCCUAUGAAUGUAAGGAGUGUGGCAAAGCUUUUACACAGAGUUCAAAACUUGUUCAGCAUCAGAGAAUCCACACCGGUGAGAAACCCUACGAAUGCAAGGCCUGCGGGAAGGCCUUCAGCAGUGGCUCAGCGCUUACCAAUCAUCAGCGGAUCCACACUGGCGAGAAGCCCUAUGAGUGUAAGGAGUGCGGGAAGGCCUUUACUCAGAGCUCCCAACUUCGACAGCAUCAGCGGAUUCAUGCUGGAGAGAAACCCUUUGAAUGUCUUGAAUGUGGAAAGGCCUUCACUCAGAACUCCCAACUUUUUCAACAUCAGCGAAUUCAUACAGAUGAAAAGCCUUAUGAAUGUAGCGAAUGUGGAAAGGCCUUUAAUAAAUGCUCAAACCUCACUCGGCACCUAAGAAUCCAUAGUGGUGAGAAGCCCUAUAACUGCAAGGACUGUGGGAAGGCCUUCAGCAGCGGCUCUGAUCUCAUUCGUCACCAGGGAGUUCAUGCUGAUGAGUCCCAACAGUGAAAGCUCUUGUCACCUUUCUAUUAUUUUAAACAGAAUUACUGUUUGAUAGUUACUGUCUUUCACUGUUGUUUCUCAACAUUUUUUAUACAAGUAUAUUUCACUCUGCCUUAUGAAUUCAAAUUCUGAAUUACACUUAUACUAAUGAAAGUUGUUAAGUAAUUCCUUGCUCAUGAUUAUUUUCUACCUUCUUGGUAAUUGCUUAUUUAUAUUUGCAUGUGUUUUAGGCUGCCUUUUUUGUUCUCUAUAUUUGUACUUACACCAAUAGCACAUGGUUUAAAUUGUGUGAUUUUAUUUGGGGAUUCCUUGUAGACUCAUAACUUUGUUUUUAAAGUCAGUGUUUGUCUUUUUGUUUCAUUCCACCUAUUUCUGUUAUUGUAAAACAAAAGCCAAAAACCAGAAACAAAAGUGAAGGCUUAUUUUAAUUAUUUUAAUCUUGUCAGCUAGAGAUAAAUACUCUCCAGUCGGAAGAGCAGAUCCUACUAGACUUUGGUUUUAAAGAAGUCAUCAUGGUUUCCAUGUUGUGCUCUCGCUGCCAAGAAAUAUAGUUGCCGUUUUAGUGACUAUAAAUUUAUAUUAUUUCUAAUGACAUUUACUCACUUUUGAAAAUGGAUUUAUUAUUUGUGUGAUGGAUGUAUCUAAGAUUUUGCAGUUAUAGAUUCUUCCCUGAUUAAUACGACCCAACAUUUAUUUCUGGUUGCUUGGUUUACUUUUAAAGCAUUUAUUCUAAUUGCUAAAUUUAUCUACUUUUUCACAUUGUAACCUGUUUUCUUCCUUUUUAUUAACCCAAAUUCCAGCCCCACCCUGAAGAUAACCAUUAUUAUCAGAUUAUUGUUUAUUGGUUAUGUAUUUUUUUUAAACCUAACAUAUUUUAAUGGCAUUUUACUUCUUGUGUAUCAUUACAUAUAAUCUUGCUGUAUGUAUUGGUUUGUUGUGAGGGUUAAAUGAAAUAAUAACUGUAAAGUGCUUAGAACUGUUCCUAUCAAA